CAGGACCGACUCUUACAGAAUUGAAUUCAAGCACACUCGGAUAUUCAUCCAAUUCGCGAAUUAUGGCUGUCGUAUUGAGAAAUUCGCUGUGUCGAAAAGCUCACAAAUUACUCGCUAGUCAUGUACUGUCACAUCGCAGAAACUAUAUCAAGAAAGGACAACCAGUGCCAUCUGUCAACCUGUAUUUGGAUACGCCUAAAAAUGCAGUCAAUGCACAUGAUUUGUUCAGAGGAAAAAGAGGCGUCCUGUUCUCUGUUCUUGGGGCAUUUACUCCAGGUUGUUGGAAGCACAUUCCUGAUUACCUGGAUCACUAUGAUCAAUUUAAGGCAGAAGGUUUCGACUUAAUUGUCUGUGUUGCCGUCAACGAUCCAUUCGUAAUGUCAGCUUGGGCGCAGUCUCUCAACACCAAAGACAAGAUUUUGAUGUUAGCCGAUACACAAGCAGAAUUUACAAAAGCCAUGAACAUGGACUUAGACUGUAGACAUAUUAUGGGAACUAUUAGAUCUAAAAGAUAUUCAGUUGUGAUAGAGGACAGUAUAAUAAAAGGGUUCAAUAUGGAACCUGAAGACACUGGACUAGCGUGUUUACUGUGUAUACAAAAUAUGAAAAAUACUAAAGUUUGAUGAGGAGUUAUUUGAACAAGUUGUUAAAUGAGUGAGACCUUACCCUCUAGAAAGGAUAGCUAGCGACCCCCUCAGAUAGCUAGCAACCCCACCAUCAAAAUAUUAUCCAGGAAUAUUAUUUAUACAUCAUGCAAAGCUGCUGUCAUUUACCUCGAUCAUUGUCAUGAAUCUGAUUAACACACGAUUAAGUGUACAUGGGCAAACUGAGGUAUGCUGGUUGGCUCAAUGGCAUGAAUGAUUGGGAUGACACAAACUACCUCUGAAAGUGACAGAAUAGUUGGGACCAGAGGGUCCAUUCCUAAAACCUGGAUAAAAUGUCCUUCUACUUUGCAGUUUGCCAAAGAAAUUCAAUCAGCUAUAGGAGGUUUGCAACCUAACUUGGUUAGAAUGUUAUUCAUGACAAAGUUGUUUGAAGUGGGUACCUGGUGUCUUAUGCACCAUUUAAACUGGAAAGCCACUAUCUGACCUACGUUUUGUUUUGUUUAAUAGUUAAAUCCAAACAAAUCAGACAGUAUUUAUAUUUGAUAGCUGCUUGCUCUGACUGCACAGUUUAAGUGAGUAGUGACACAUUUCAGUUUUUGUUAAGACUGUUGUAACAGUUUUUACAUGUGUGUCAUUUUCAUUCAAAUUCCUAAUUACUGUGAUCUCCAAAAUUUGGGGAAAGGCACUUGGAUUUGCCCUUGUGUAUAAUUAAGAAAAUAUUGAUCCUGUCAUGAAACAUCAUGAGAUUGUUAUCUGCUGGAGUUGUUUCGUUUUGUUCUCUUUUUUUUCUUCUUAGUUUGUUGGGGAUUUCACUCUGCAAGACCAGAGUUGUGGCUCUUGACGUAGUCAAAAAUAAGCAUUAAGGAUCUAAAAAUUUGUGUUGUAGGUAAUACUACUACACAUGUCAAGAAGUAUUUGACCUGGAGUCAUAAACCACAUAGAAAUGUUAUUCCUCUACCCCCAACUCCUCCUCACACGAUGUUUUUUGUUCUUUCAGUUUCCUUUAUUUGGGGUUUCUUGAUGUUUAUUACUUACCCCCCUCCCACACCACCAUGACUCACUCACACCCCUAACUGAAGGCAGUAUGAAAUUUCACUUAGUCUCGUUUAUUUUAUUUUUUUCAGCAAGUAACAUAUGAACGUACAAUGACAGCAAGUAGGGGCACCAGUGUCCUCAGGGACAUGCAUUUAAUUACUAUACAUGAUUGCCUUUUAAGUUCAUUCCAGUAUUAUUUUAAGAAGAGAUUUUUUCUGUAAUGCAGUAUUGUACCAUGGGCAUUUUGUCAUAAAGUCAUCAUGACAUUCAUCAGUACAUUGUUUUGAGUUGCAUUUUGAUAAUAGCUUUAUGUUUUUUUGUGUGCAGACAAUAAUUCAUAAAAUGAUUUAAAAUGUGAUUUAUAUUCUCACAGUAGCAGACCCUUUGAAUUACUUACCAAUCAUUGCUGUGGGUUUAGAGUGUGCAUAUUUUGUAGAGUUCUUUCAUGCGACUAAGCCAUCAGUAUGACCUAUUUAAGUAGAGAAAAUUACACGAGUGUCUUUUCAUAUUGAAUUUAUUAAACAAGUUGAAUAAUAUAAUAAAAUGCGAGUUUAAUAAAUUCAGUGUGGAAAGACACAGAUGUAAUAUUCUUUUUAUCUCGUGUAAGCUUUUCCUGUUAAAACAUCAAAAUUUCUUCUUUCUUUACCUAUUAUAGAGCAAGUAAAUUCGACCAACGUCUUCUAUAAAUUAACGGUCAACGUCAAAGCUUUAUUACACUAGUGUAUUAUCAAAUUUAUGUAAUGGCUUUAUUACACUCCACGAUGUCAAACAUGUGAUAAAAACUGUUGAAUUCACAUAGAAUAUGUAAUCAAACAGAAUUUGCUAGUUUUCAUUUCUGGUCCACUACCUUACGAAAAAUCAAAGCAAAGAAGCAUACAGCAAGAUUUGUAGAUAUUUUUUAAUUAGAAUUUAUUAGUUACUGUAAAUCAAAAGUAAAAGUAAAGUAAUGCAAAGAGUUCUACGUAGUGAUAUAAAAAUGCUGGUGUAAAUGUGCAGUAUGUGCUAAAAAGCUUGCUAAUGUAUUACAAAUGUAAAACGUGUGAUGUAAAAUUCAGUUUUAUUUUAAUAAAAAAAUGGUUUCUUGUUUAACGUGGGUAGUCUACGAAAGUCCCCACCUGGAAUGUAUGGAACAACUUAUUUCCAGUUGGACCUUUGUUUAGCCUACCUUGGUUGUCUGAUAAAAAAGCCCACUUAGUCACUAUUCAUUACAGAAUUACUACAUUAGUUUUAAAUUAUGGCAACUUAAGUACUUACAUGUUGGGAAUUGCUUAAGAUACAUGUAUUGCUUAAAUUCAGGUAUAUCUUUUUCAUGGGUGUAAAAGCUAUCAGAAAGUACUUGUAGGUAUUUGUUUUUCAACACUUUAUUUUUUUUCCCUGUCUUGUAGAUACAUUUUGAAAAAUGAUGGGAGAUGCUAAACAAGGAUCCAGUUUGAUAUGGCCUGAAGUUUAUUGCUUAACCCUUAGCGUGCUGGCGGCAAGUGACUUUGCCUUUGCGACCAGUGCAGACCAAGAUCAGCCUGCACAUCCGUGCAGUCUGAUCAUGGUCUGCACUGUUCGCUAUUCAGUCAGUAAAUUUUCUGUCCAAAUUGAAACAUGGACAAGUUCAUUAUAGAAAUUUAGCAGGGUAAGGGUUAAAUGUUUUGUUAUUUACUAGUUUCUUUCACUAAUAUAAUCUGAGGGAAAAGAUCAUGGCCAGUUAGCAGGACAGGUAGUGCAAAAGACCUCCAGUAGUAUCUCAUUGUAUCUGUAACAUGAUAAGACAGUGCACAUAAGGUGCAGGACACUACUCGCAAUGUCAAUAGCAUAUAAUAGGUAGUGUACACAACUUCUGGCAAUAUAGUAUGAUAAGUAUUGUACGGUAGGUAGUGCCCAAAACUUCUGGCAAUAUCUAUAGUACGAUAGUGCAUAGUAGGUAGUGCCCAAAACUUUGGGCAGUAUCUAUAGAAUGAUAUGUAGUGCACAAGACUUCUGGCAAUAUAAUAUGAUAGGUAGUGCACAGUAAGUAGUGCACAAAACUUGCAUUCUCGCAUACCAGAGGUCUACCGCGGUUCCUCGGGAUUUUGACGAACAUCUGAUGGAUGAGAAUGAAAACUUGCAACAAUAUCUGUUUAUAAAAACGUUGGUAGUCUCUAAAGAAUGUAUAUAUGGUAUCCAAACUAUUUAUAAGGUGUAAUCGGGCUUAUAUUUGAUGAUGUGCCAUUUAUAAAAUGUACAUGUAAUUUCAUGUAUUGCAGGAUGUUUGAAUAUAAUAAAAGUUUUACAUUGAAAA